AUGUCGGAAAACGAAUCUGACCGUCGUUUCGCUAAUCUGAGAGGUGUACGGUGGCGCGUGAAUCUCGGUGUUCUUCCCUUUCAUGCUUCUUCCAUCGAUGAUCUUCGCAGAGCAACUGCUGAAUCUCGACGAAGAUAUGCUGCUUUAAGGAGACGACUCUUGAUAGAUCCACAUUUGUCUAAAGAUGUUGGAAAUUCACCUAAUCUUGCAAUUGACAAUCCCUUAUCACAAAACCCAGAUAGUACAUGGGGUCGGUUCUUUCGUAACGCGGAGCUAGAGAAAACAUUGGAUCAAGACUUAUCGAGGUUAUAUCCAGAACAUUGGAGCUAUUUUCAAGCUCCUGGAUGUCAAGGCAUGUUAAGACGUAUUCUACUCUUGUGGUGCCUUAAACAUCCUGAGUACGGGUAUCGACAAGGAAUGCACGAGCUUUUGGCACCUUUGCUAUAUGUACUUCAUGUUGAUGUCGACCGUCUCUCUGAAGUGCGUAAAAGUUAUGAAGAUCAUUUCACGGAUAGAUUCGAUGGGUUAUCUUUCGAAGAAAGAGAUAUUUCUUACAACUUUGAUUUCAAGAAGUUUCUGGAGGAUUUCGCUGAUGAUGAGAUUGGUGGUAUUCAGGGGAAUUCAAAGAAAAUAAAGAGUCUAGAUGAGCUUGAUCCAGAAAUCCGAUCCAUUGUAAUGUUAAGCGAUGCUUAUGGAGCUGAAGGAGAACUCGGGAUUGUCUUGUCCGAGAAAUUCAUGGAGCAUGAUGCUUACUGCAUGUUUGAUGCUCUAAUGAGUGGAUCUAAUGGUUGUGUUGCAAUGGCUGGAUUUUUCGCUUACUCUCCAGCCAGCGGAUCCCACACGGGUUUACCUCCAGUUCUUGAAGCGUGCACUGCCUUUUAUCAUCUUUUAUCGUUUGUAGAUUCGUCUCUGCAUAGUCAUUUGGUUGAACUCGGAGUUGAACCUCAGUAUUUUGGGCUUCGUUGGUUACGAGUUUUGUUUGGAAGAGAGUUUUUGCUACAGGAUUUGUUGAUAGUGUGGGAUGAGAUAUUCUCAGCUGAUAAUACAGCAAGAACGGAUGAGGAUAACGAUACAAACCUGAGCUUCAAGAUCUUUGAUUCUCCUCGUGGAGCGCUAAUCUCGGGAAUGGCGGUUUCAAUGAUAUUAUGUUUAAGAUCAUCGUUGCUUGCUACUGAAAAUGCAGCUUCUUGUCUCCAGAGACUAUUGAAUUUCCCAGAGCAGAUUGAUGUGAAUAAGAUAAUCGAGAAAGCUAAGUCAUUACAAGCUUUGGCUUUGGAUGAUGAUGUAAGAUCAUCAGCGUUAUCGAUACAUGAGGUCUUUGAUCAGAGCAUCAGUCCUGCUAUACCGGCGAGAACUAACAGCUUUCCUUCAGGUUCCACUUCGCCUAAAUCUCCAUUGAUAAUUGCACCACAAAGUUAUUGGGAGGAGAAAUGGAGAGAUUUGCACAAAGCCUCCGAGGAAGAGAAAAAGAGUCCUCCAACACAAAAGAAAAAGGCAUGGUUCAAAGUAAAAAGACUCUUCAGAGCAGAGUCUGAGCCAACUCAUUGUGUCAAGUCAGGAAACGGGAAAAGUGAAGUCAAGGUAUCCUUGAUCGCUCGUAACUUACUUGAAGAUUUUAAUCGGCAGGUCGUUUCUGAACCUGAGGAAGCUGAUACAGUAGAUGUGGUGAUCAAUGAAGAUAGCUCAGUUCAAGAAACCGAAGAAAGGAAUAUGGAUUUCGAAACUGCUGGUGAAGAGAGUAUAGCAAUUGAGGAGAAUUCAUCUGAUGCUUUCUCAGAUCCAAACAGUCCUCUCAGAGAUUCAAACUACAUCGAGAAUGAUUCUGAUAGCAGUACAGAGUCGAUUCUAUUUGCCACUGAAAAGGUUCAAGAUCAAGAAACCAGCGCAGUAGAUUCGCCUCUUCCCAUUUCUUCUCAACCCAGCAUUGAGUUUCCAGUAACACUGUCUAAUGACGAAGAGGACACCACAGAUAAAUCAGUGGACAUUAUCAAGGAGCGUAGUAAGGUUUCACCAGGAAAAUUCCAGUGGUUUUGGAAGUUUGGACGCAAUCUCAAUAGCGAGGAGACAAGAUCCAAUGGUAUCGAAAGUAGUAAGAGCGAUUUAGUUUGCUCUUCCGAGUCGCAUUCUCCUCCGCAGGCUUCAUCUUCGAACAGCAAAGGAGAGACAGACCAGAAUGUGAUGAAUACUCUGAAGAACCUUGGCAAUUCGAUGCUCGAACACAUUCAGGUGAUUGAGUCGGUUUUCCAGCAAGAACGGGUUCAGGUUCAAGCAGGAUUAAUGGAGAACUUAACUAAGACCAAUUUGGUCGAAAAGGGACAAGUCACUGCCAUGACAGCUCUCAAAGAGCUUCGGAAAAUCAGUAAUCUGUUGUUGGAAAUGUGA